AUGAAGUACUUAGCUGCCUACUUAUUAUUGAACGCCGCCGGCACCACCCCAAAUGCUGACAAUGUCAAGGCUGUCUUAUCCUCUGUUGGUAUCGACAUUGAAGAAGACAAAGUCUCCUCUUUGAUCUCUUCUUUAGAAGGUAAAUCUGUCGACGAAUUGAUUGUUGCAGGUAACGAAAAGUUGGCCGCUGUCCCAGCUGCUGGUCCAGCUUCUGGUUCUGCUCCAGCUGCCGGUGCCUCUGGUGAUGCUACUGAAGAAGCUAAGGAAGAAGAAGAAGAAGAAGAAUCUGAUGCUGAUAUGGGUUUCGGUUUAUUCGAUUAA